GCGACAAGAUGAGAUGGGGUCAGCAGCUUUAUAAGAUUCCUUAUUUUUUUCCACAAAGUCCCACAAACAUCUAUUCUUAACCACGCACCCACCCACCGGGGCAGAUCUUCAUUAGUGCCCCGCCGUAAUGAGCAUCUUUUUUCCUAUUUCUUACCACCCCAUCUCCCCGCUUCGAAUUAUCCCAUUACCGGCGUCUGACAUAAACAAAAACCAAAACGAGUUGCCGCCUCUCAUUGGCCGGCCGCGGGGGUCACGUGGCCCGCGCGGCCGUCCGUCUAUUUGACAGCCGCAGGAUGGCUCGGUGCCAGAGGGGGGAAAAAGGGGAGACAGACCGAGAGAGAGAGAGAGAGAGGGGAGAGAAAGAAAAAUUAGUAUUCUCCUACCGAGCCCUCGCUAUAAAUCAAUCAUGGACUCCUUCGUGGUGAGCUGUAAAUAUGCUGAGCCGCAGUUCCCGCCAUGUGAAGAAGAUUACAGUAAUUUCAGUGACCAGGGGGGGUAUUACAACAACCCCCAGGACAGUAGUGGCAGUUAUGCGGGGGGCUACCAGCCCGUGCAACCCCCUCCGCCUCCAUACGCACCACAACAAACCGGCUAUCACCAACAACAACUCUCUCUGCAGGAGCAUCAGCACCGGGAGGAGGAUGGAGAGGACCACCACCAAGGUGGUGCAGCGGCGGCAGCGGCGGCAGCUGCGGCGGCGGCGGCGGCGCCCUUCACCGGCUACAGGGAGACGGACGCCGCCCCCGGCAAGGAGCAGCGGUUCCCCGCCGGUGACCUGCAGUGCCAGGCCUGGAUGACCUGCGCGAAGACCGCUCAGGUGCAGCGGAAAGCGGCCUGCCAGGGCAGAGACAAGCCUCCCAUCAUCGUGUACCCGUGGAUGAAGAAAGUGCACAUUGCGCACGUCAACCCGAACCACCUGGGCCCGGAGCCGAAGCGGCUGCGCACGGCCUACACGCGGCAGCAGGUCCUGGAGCUGGAGAAGGAGUUCCACUUCAGCCGCUACCUGACGCGCCGGCGCCGCGUCGAGGUGGCCCACGUGCUCUGCCUGUCCGAGCGGCAGGUGAAGGUGUGGUUCCAGAACCGGCGCAUGCGCUGGAAGAAGGACAACAAGCUGCCCAACACCAAGGGACGGAGCAAGAGCAAGAGGGCGACGGACGACAACAACAACAACAACAACAACAACAACAACAAGAACCACAACAGCAGCAGCAGCAGCAGCAGCAGCAGCAGCAGCAGCGACAGCGACGUGAAGGCGGUGAUGAUCACCGUGUGAUCCGGGUUCGAGCACCGGUUGGCCGCAGCCACGUUAGCACCUUCACUCUCUCUCUCUCUCUCUCUCUCUCUCUCUCUCUCCCUCUCCCAAUGCUGAGAUCCAGAUAAUAACUGCGGUCCUGAAACAAUUCCUAGAAACUGCUUUAAAACGGAUCCAUCCACAAUACCAGCAAAUGGCUUCAUAAAUACUUCCAACAGUAUUUUUUUUUUUUGCCACAUAUUUAAAAAAACAAAAAAGGUUUUAAAUAUAUCUGUGGUGCAGACGUUGCACUUUUUAGUCCGAUAUUUAAUGCUUCGAUUCUUGCAUUUAAGGCUGCCAUCAGUGAUGAGCCUAUAUUCUAUAUUAUCGAUUCAUCUAUACCAUUUAUUUGAUCAGAUAAUCGACUUAUCUUUUUCCUCUGUGAAAUGAAAUGCCACGGUGAAAAAUAUCAAUAUCACUCUCUCAGAUUUCCUCCACCUCCCACCAACAGUUCAAACCUCAGAUCCAUUUUAAUGUGACGCGGAAGGGAAAAGUAUGAAAAUCCACAUUUGGGCUUAAAAAACUGCGUUUUUUUCCCUUUAACAAAUAAGAUGGUUAAAUUAUUUUUUUCUGCCUAUCUACUAAUUGAGAAAUCGGCUUAUCACUGCAGCUACAUCGAGGGUAAAGAGGGGCUGUAAAUGGUCCGACAUUUUUUUGGUGCAAUUAGCGAGUUGUUUCGAGUUAAGACACAAAAGGCAGUCGUUGCCAAAUCUCCCCCAUCUGCGAGGAGCAGAUUGUGUCUUUUGAAGAAAACAGGGUUUUUAUUUCUACAGGGUAAUCACGAUACAGGGUUUUUUGUAGUAGCUACCUAAAAAAAAGAGAAAAAAAAGAUGAAAUAGCCUAUGACUUAUGAAUAUGCACAUUACCAAAAUGUUGUUUCCACAAACUGGGGCUUAAACUAUUUAGAGAAGAAACACCAAAUGAUGCUGACCUGCAGAAUUGGUUGGACGAACAAUGCUUUUAUUUUGUACAUAUAGAGGAGUAUCGAAACACGAUAAGUAGCCAUAUUCAGAUUGUUUCUUAUCUCCAUAAUUCAUUCAUUGAUUUAGUGCGUAAAAGUCAUAUUACGCACAGGUUUUUAAAUAAAUAAUAACUUAAAAAAAAACACAGACAAAUCGGAUGUACAAGUUUUUAAAUGUACAACAC